AUGUUGUCCUCCGUGGCCGGGGCGUUGAUCGGUGCCGUCGUCGGCUGGGCUCUUGCAAGCCUCCAGAAGACAGCCAGGCCACAGCAGGAGUAUGCAGAGUUCCGGGGCCUGGCAGCGCUCCAGAAAAGCUUGUGGACGGAGACCUCCAAGGAGACGGCCUUGCAGGAUGGUGCGAAGAACCGCGAGCGAUUGCGUGCAGCCAAGGUCUUGGGGAAGGCCUGGCCGGUGCAGAUGCUUUGCAGAGAAGCGGAUCCGAGCGGGAAAGCGCCGACCUCGGGAAAGCUUCUGCACUUCAUCCGCCACGGCCAGGGCUUCCACAACUCCCUGAAUGACUUCUGCAAAGUCUACCAGGUGAAGGCGAAGCCCUACAACAUCCCCGAGGUCUUCGACCCGCCACUGACGGAGAUCGGUAGGCAGCAGGCGAAGGCGCUGCAGAGCCGGGCGCGGGAGACGAAGGCCGAGCUGGUGGUGGUCUCCCCGAUGUCCCGGGCCUUGAUGACCUCGAACAUCGCCUUCGCCCACUGCAUCGGCCACGUUCCCUUCCUUGCGCACGAGUCCUGCAAGGAGAAGAGCCACGGCAACUCUUGUGACUACCGGCGAUCGGCGAGCGAUGCCAAGCAGGACUUUCCCAAUGUGGAUUUCUCGUUGAUACCAGAGGAGGAUCCCCUGCUUUCGACUUUGCACAUGGAGAGUGACUUGGAAGUCGCAGAGCGGGCCUACGACUUCAUGCUCUGGCUUCGCAAUCGUUCGGAGACGGAGAUCGUGGUCUCUACUCACUCCGCCUGGCUCUUCAGCCUCUUCAAUGCCGUUCUGAAGUGCGACGAUCCUGCGCUCUCCGAGUGGUUCGUGAACGGCGAAAUGCGGAGUGUCGUGGUGAGCUUCCAGUGA